UCCGUGUAUCGAGCAAGCUACUUCCGGUGCGACCACAACGACAACUCAACACCGGUGAUUGAGAAUAUGGACAGAAUGAAUGUGCCCCCGGUGGGCCCCAUGGACCUCCCUCUGUCCCUGUUGGAGAUGGGAUGUUCUGGCAGGUUUGAAGUCAUCACACAUCCUUCACCCGGCUUGCCUUUCCCUCCACAGACUACACUCCCUAAUGGUCUUCCCCCCACCAGCUUGAGUUUAGAGGAUGAAGUAAAGAAACAGUUUUUACAGGACCCUUCCUGGCUUCCUUUACACAAUACGGACUUUGCCUUCCAGAGGUUUCUCAAAGUGACCGAGAGAAACAUAAACCUGGACUCCCUCUUCAACUGCACUCAGUCUCCGCUCCAUUCCGGCCUGUCCGUCGUCAGAGAUCCCACCACAGGAAUGCUGCUGGAUUUCACAGAGGUUUUAUUGGAGAACACCGGCCUUUCGGCUAAGAACUCGCUAUCAUUACAACGGAAACCCGGACCUCCUUCAGAGAGCCUGAGAGGGAGCAAUACCAACUAUCCCUUCCUGCCUGGAGGGAUGGAGGAACUUACUCUGGACCAAAUCAAGAACAAAUCUGAGCUGGAACAGGAAAUAGACUUUGAAAAUGAUUUACUCAGAAUUCCUCCUGGUUUUAAAGCUGGAAUGGACUUCACCGAUAAAGAAGCGAAAAUAGUGAAGCCAGAGGUCAACCUCAUGUCGCUGCUGUCCGCUUCUGAUGACGUCACUGACUUGAUGGCUGAUGUCGACGAGAAGGUGGAAAGCCGAGGACACGAGGAGGCAAAAAAACUACCAAGAACAAACAGCCUCGACGACCUAGGGAUCCAAGACGCUGUGUCAUCCAAUUCAAAAGAUGCGAACUCAAAGCAGAAUGACAAGCCAGAAGAUAAUAAAAAAUGGGCCGUACCUGUGGACAUAAGUUCACCAUGCGAGGAUUUCUACAAACGCAUUCCCCAUCCUGCUUUCAAGUGGCCGUUUGAAUUAGACGUAUUCCAGAAACAAGCCAUAUUGCGACUGGAGGCCCAUGAAUCGGUAUUUGUGGCCGCUCACACAUCCGCUGGCAAGACUGUAGUGGCUGAAUAUGCCAUCGCGCUCUCACAGAAACACAUGACAAGGACCAUCUACACUUCCCCAAUCAAGGCCUUGUCCAAUCAGAAGUUCAGAGACUUCAAGACCACGUUUGGGGAUGUGGGUCUCCUGACAGGUGACGUCCAAAUCAGUCCAGAGUCUUCCUGUCUCAUCAUGACCACUGAGAUCCUCAGGUCCAUGCUCUACAACGGUUCAGAGGUCAUCAGAGACUUGGAGUGGGUCAUAUUUGACGAGGUCCACUACAUUAACGAUGCCGAGAGAGGGGUCGUGUGGGAGGAGGUUCUCAUCAUGCUUCCCGAUCAUGUCAGCAUCAUUCUCUUGAGCGCCACGGUGCCAAACGCUGUGGAGUUUAGCGAGUGGAUUGGUCGUAUUAAGAAGAGGCAUAUUUACGUCAUCAGCACAUUGAAGAGGCCUGUGCCUUUGGAGCAUUAUUUGUACACUGGAAAUAACACAAAGACCCAAAAGGAGAUGUUCCUUCUGGUGGAUGCUGCAGGGAACUUCCUCACUAAAGGGUACUACGCAGCUGUGGAUGCCAAAAAGGAACGCACCAGCAAAUAUGCCCAGUCUUUUGGCACAAAGAACACAUCUCAGAACACCUCUGCUAGUCAGGACCGAGCAGUGUGGCUCACCCUCUUGCACUUCCUGGCCCAGCGGCAGCAGACUCCUGUGGUGGCCUUCACGUUCUCUCGCACACGCUGCGAUGAGAACGCCCGCUCGUUGGACUCCAUGGACUUGACCACGUCAAUAGAAAAAGCCGAGAUCCACUCAUUCUUCCAAAAGAGCCUGAGUCGCCUACGAGGAGGAGACAGACAGCUUCCUCAGAUUGUUCUCAUGAGAGACCUGCUGAAGAGAGGAGUGGCUGUCCAUCAUAGCGGAAUCCUGCCCAUACUCAAGGAGGUCAUUGAGAUGCUCUUCUCAAGAGGUCUUGUAAAGGUGCUGUUUGCCACGGAGACGUUCGCAAUGGGCGUCAACAUGCCUGCCAGGACUGUGGUGUUCGACAGCAUCCGGAAACAUGACGGAACCGGCUUUAGAAACCUGUUGCCUGGUGAAUAUAUCCAGAUGGCGGGUAGAGCCGGAAGAAGAGGUCUGGACGCAACAGGCACCGUCAUCAUUCUUUGCAAAGCCGGCGUUCACGAGAUGUCUGAUCUACAUGUCAUGAUGCUGGGUAAGCCCACUACCCUCCACUCACAGUUCAGACUGACCUACACCAUGAUCCUCAACCUGUUGCGAGUUGAGGCUCUCCAUGUGACGGACAUGAUGAGGAGGAGCUUCUCUGAAAGCCACAGAGACACUCAGGCUCAAGAGGAGAGGAUCACACAACUGAAGAAGGCACUUGCCACGCUACCUUCUCUGGCCAACGAGGGCCAACUAUCUGAUUUGUUGCCGUACUACCACACUGUGACGGAGCUACGAACCACGAGAGACAUCCUCCAGCGUGCUAUUCUGGAGUCGGUUAACGGACUGAAAGCUCUAUCUGUAGGCCGAGUUGUUUUGGUCAACAACAAACAGCAUCUCAACGCCCUGGGAGUUAUCCUGCAGGUGUCCAAUGAUGCAGUGAAUCGCACCUUCACGGCGCUCAUCAUGUGUGAGAAAGGCAACGAGGAAAUGGAAGGAAACGAAAGCGACAGCCGAGCUUUUCCUCACCUCUACAACGCCGCACUUUUCAUCCCUGAAGGUCCAUGCAGCCACACGGUGCAGAAGCUAAAGCUGCAGGACAUCACUGCCAUCACAGUGAAGACCCUGAAAGUGAUCCCUGACAGGAUCAUCGACAACUACCACAAGAGACAACAGCCCAGAUUCAGAAACGAACCUCCUGGCCAGGCCAUCUCCACAGCCGCCCAGGAGCUCUUGCGAAUGGCUGAGGCAAACCCCGGCGGCAUCUCCACCCUCGACCCCGUGAACGACCUUCAGCUGAAGAGCGUUGACGUGGUGGAGGCGUCCCUGCGCCUCCGCGUGCUGCAGGACAGCUUGAAGGAUUUCAACUGCAUCCACUCACCGACUUUCGUAGAACAGUUUGCAAAGGUGAGGGAGAGGAUGAGUGUGCAGGAGGAACUAGACAAGCUGCUCUUUUUGGUGUCCGACCAGUCGCUGUCUCUGCUACCUGAGUACCACCAGAGGAUCAAGGUGCUGCAGUCUCUCCAGUACGUAGACAGCAGCGGCGCCGUGCAGCUCAAAGGCCGAGUGGCCUGCCAGAUCAGCAGCCACGAGCUGCUGCUCACCGAGCUGCUGUUCGAGAACGUGCUGAGUCCGCUGGCGCCCGAGGAGAGCGCCGCCCUGCUGUCCUGUUUGAUAUUCACACAGAAAACGCAAGUGGAGCCGCACGUCACCAACACGCUUCAAGAGGGCAUCGAUCGGGUGUUAUCGGUAGCUCAGCGUAUCGGAGAGCUCCAGAGGGAUUGUGGGUUGCCGCAGACUGCCGAAGAAUUUGUGGGCCAGUUCAAGUUCGGCCUGACAGAAGUGGUCUACUGCUGGGCCAGAGGCAUGCCCUUUGCAGACAUCACGCAGCUCACAGACGUCCAGGAAGGCACGGUGGUCCGCUGCAUCCAGCGUCUGGAUGAGGUCCUGAAGGAGGUGCGCCAGGCCGCACGUAUCGUGGGUGACUCCGUGUUGGGGAGCAAAAUGGAGAAAGCCUCCCUGGCUAUCAGGAGGGACAUCGUCUUUACCGCUUCCCUCUACACCCACUGAGAGAUGGGAGAUGUGAUUAUUGCUAACCGAGGAUGAUAAACUUAUCUGGCUGUAGCUUCCAUCCUUUGUUUACACAGAACUUCCACAACAGCUAGCAUCCGGAAACCCCUGGCUUUACAUUGGCAACAGACGGAUGUCAUUUAUUGCCGGGACUUCCACGAUUUUGACCACUUCGAGGAAGGUACUCUGUUAUUUCUACACCAUGAAUGUGUUAAAUUAUAACCAUGUAGGAGGUGCAUGAUGUCAUUGUGUUGCAAAUGUUAAGUCAUUUUUUUAUUUUUUUGCGGCUUUAUUCUCAUUUGGUGUUUGCGGCUCUUUUUUGCGCUCUGCAAACUGGGCGUUACAGGAAACGAGUUCAUACAGUUCAUACAUAUAUGAAGAAAAAGUUGUAAAUAUAGGAGAAUUUAUGAGAAAAAGGGUUUUAUUGAUACUUCCUCAAUAUUCUCAUUAUUAUUAUUAUUAAUGAAUGUGAGUGUGAAUGGUUGUUUGUCUAUAUGUGCCCUGUGAUUGGCUGGCCACCAGUCCAGCGUGUACCCCGCCUCUCGCCCGAAGACAGCUGGGAUAGGCUCCAGCACCCCCGCGACCCUCGUGAGGAUAAGCGGUAGAAAAUGAAUGAAUGAAUUAUUAUUAUAUUAAUUUCCCAAGCUUUGGGCCACAAAUGGCCACACUGGACACCGCCAUCUAGUGGCCGGGUAGGCAUGUUAGUGUUUUUUUUUGUUGUUUUUGCAGGAAGUAAACAUCGCCUCAUGUAGAAAACCAAGGGAGAUUUUGAGAUAAAGUAAAUUUACAAGUAUGUAGUCAUAAAUUCACAAGAAAAAAAGUAAUAAAUUUACAAGAAUAAAGAAAUAAAAUUACAAGAAAAGUCGUGAAUUUACAAGAAAAAUAAAUAAAAUCUUGUAAAUUUAAAGAAAAAAUAAAUUUACAAGAAUAAAGUAGUAAAUUCUCAAGAAAAAAAAGUUUUGAAUGUAUGAGGAAAUUUUUUUUUUCUCGUAAAUUACGACAUCAUUCACAAAAUCGCUGAUUUUUUUCCAAUGAGGCCCUAAUGCCCCCCCACCCCCAUUUCUGCUUUUUUAAUUUUGUUUUUGAAUAUUAAUAAAGAACAAUAAAACAAUAAAGAACAAUAAAGAAACAAGCAGUGAGCCACAAUGGCCUCACUGUGGACACUGCCAUCUAGUGUCCGGGCGGGCAUAUUACAUAAUUCUUGUGUUAUUUUCACAGAAAGUUAACAAAAAUUUACAAUAUUGUCCAAAGUUUUCGACAAAACUUUUGUUUUUAAACACUAAAAAUGUAACAACAAAGACGAAUAAUCCCACUGAGUACACAAUCCACCGAAAAUACUUAGAAUACUGUACUUGUUUUAAGCUAAAGUAUGUUGCAACAUAGCACUAGUUGAAUGACAUCGCCAUCUAGCGGCAUGGCAUACAUAUUACAGCGUCACUUUGACGGUUAAAGUAUUUAUAAUAUUGUGAAAAACGUAAUAGUAAGUGACUGUAAAUCAUUAUUUACUUUAUAAAACGGGUAGGAACAUACCAAAAAAACAACAAUUCGCAUUAAUCUAUUUCUUUUUUUAACAUACUUGUAAUGGGAUGUUCCAUCUGAAUGCCUGCCCCUUUAAGACAAGCAUCGCUGGGUGUCUGAUUGAUUUAAUAUUCACCGACGUGCCAGUGAGAAAGCUUGUUAGACACACACACAGACUAGCAUCAGUCCUCUUCACAUCCUCUUUGAAGAUGAGGACGUCUUGAAGAUGGCCUGUACGCUUUUGGACUAAAAGUACACCAUUAGCCAUUAUUAUUUUUUAUUUUUUGGAGGGUGGGGGGG